UGAUUUCAGCAGAUGAAGCUGCGACGCAGUUGGAGCAGCUGAUUCAAAGGUGGUGAGUGUUCCUGGUUCAUGUCUCUGAAUGACUGAAGUCCAGAAGAUGGAUGAUUGUGUGGAGGAAGAGGAGGAGAGACCAGAGUCUCCAGGAUCCAUCAGUGUCUCUAUGAAGAGUGACCGGUCCAAAGAUGAACCUCCAAAAUUCAGUGAAGAACCUGGACCUUCAGACACAAAAAGCAAGAAAUUUCUGGACAUCCAGUCCUGGAUGUCCCAAUUGUUUGGACGCCGGUUCUUCAGACGGAGCUCAGACCAGUCGGCUUCAAAAAAUCUGGGAUCCAGAGCAAGUUCUCCACAAGCAGAUGCUGGUCUGCAGCAGGUCCUAGAUGAACAUAAGACCAGUCUGAGGAGCAGAUGUGAACAUGUGACUGAAGGAACUGAUGAACCAGGAAGUAGAACCCUCCUCAACAGGAUCUACACGGAGCUCUUCAUCACAGAGGGACUGAGUGAAGAGGUUGAUACCCGACAUGAGGUGAGGCAGCUGGAGACAGCUUCCAGGAUGAAGAGCCUCCGUGACGCUCCAAUCAGGUGCCAGGACAUCUUUGAAGCCUUACCUGACCAACGUGGAGCCAUCAGAGUGGUUCUGACCAACGGCGUCGCUGGCGCUGGGAAAACCUUCUCGGUUCAGAAGUUCUCUCUGGACUGGGCCGAGGGCUCGGAGAACCAAGACGUCACCGUGGUGAUUCUGCUCUCGUUCAGGGAGCUGCACCUGAUCGGAGAUGAGCAGCUCAGUCUUCUCAGGCUGAUCCAGGUUUUCCAUCCAUCGUUCCAGAAGCUCACAGCAGAGCAGCUGGCUGCCGGGAAACCGUUGUUCAUCUUUGACGGCCUGGAUGAAAGCAGACGUUCCCUGGACUUCAACAACGGUCCGGUGGUGUCUGACGUCACACAGAGCUCAUCGGUCAACGUGCUGCUGACCAACCUCAUCCAGGGGAACCUGCUUCCCUCAGCUCUCAUCUGGAUCACUUCCAGACCUGCAGCAGCCAAUCAGAUCCCUCACAAACACGUGGACAGGCUGACAGAAGUACGAGGCUUCACCGACGGCCAGAAGGAGGAAUACUUCAGGAGGAGGUUCAGGGAUGAAGAGCGGUCCAGCAGCAUCGUCUCCCACAUGAAGACAUCCAGAACCCUCCACAUCAUGUGUCAACUCCCGGUCUUCUGCUGGAUCACUGCUACAGUUCUGGAGCACAUGUUGACCACAGAGCAGAGAGGAGAGCUGCCCAAGACCCUGACUGACAUGUUCUCCCACUUCCUGCUGGUCCAGACCAAGAGGAAGAGGAACAAGUACCAGGAGGGACGUGAGACGAGUCCACAGGAGCUGACGGAGGCUGACAGGGACCUUCUCCUGAAGCUGGGGAGGCUGGCGUUGGAACAUCUGGAGAAAGGAAACAUCAUGUUCUACCAAGAAGACCUGGAGCAGUGUGGUCUGGAUGUCCCAGAGGCCUCGGUGUACUCAGGAGUUUGUACCCAGAUCUUCAGGAGAGAGUGUGAGGUCUUCCAGAAACCCGUCUACUGCUUUGUUCAUCUGAGCAUCCAGGAGUUCCUGGCUGCAGUCUACGUGUUCCACUGUUGCUCCACCAGAAACACAGAUGUGCUGGAGAACUUCCUGGGAGGAAACUACAGACACUCACCUCUGGAUGACUUCCUGAAGAGAGUCAUGAAGAAAUCCCUGGAGAGUAAAAAUGGCCACCUGGACCUGUUUGUCCGCUUCCUUCAUGGUCUUUGUGUGGAGUCCAACCAGAGACUGUUAGGAGGUCUGCUGAACCAGACGGAGAACGAUCCAGAAACCAUCCAGAGAGUCAUCAACAACCUGAAGGAGAUGAACACUGACAGAAUCUCUCCUGACAGAAGCAUCAACAUGUUCCAGUGUCUGGUGGAGAUGAACGACCUCUCAGUUCAUCAGCAGAUCCAAGAGUUCCUGAAGUCAGAGAACAGAUCAGAGCAGGAACUCUCUGAGAUCCAGUGUUCAGCUCUGGCCUACAUGCUGCAGAUGUCAGAGGAGGUUCUGGAUGAGUUGGACCUGAAGAAGUACAAGACAACAACAAGGGGUGGAUGGAGACUGAUUCCAGCUGUGAGGAACUGCAGAAAGGCUCGAUUUGUUAAUUGUGAACUCUCAGACACUCACUGUGAAGUUGUUGCGUCCGCUCUGAAGUCCAACCCCUCCCAUCUGACACAACUGGACCUGAGUCAUAACUGGGACCUGGAGGAUUCAGGAGUGAAGGUUCUGUCUGGUGGACUGGAGAGUCCAAACUGUAGACUGGAGACUCUGAGGUUGGAGUGGUGUGAUCUGUCAGAGAUCAGCUGUUCUUCUCUGGUCUCAGCUCUGAAGUCCAACCCCUCCCAUCUGAAACUUCUGGACCUGAGCAGGAACGACCUGCAGGAUUUAGGAGUGAAACAUCUGAGUGGUUUUCUGGAGAGUCCAGACUGCAGACUGGAGACUCUGAGAUUGUGGCGCUGCGGUCUGUCAAAGAUCAGCUGUUCUUCUCUGGUCUCAGCUCUGAAGUCCAACCCCUCCCACCUGAAACAUCUGAACCUGAGUCACAACGACCUGCAGGCUGCAGAUGUGAAGCAGCUUUCUGAUCUGGUGGAGAGUCCACACUACCAGCUGCAGACUCUCAGGUGAUGAUGAUGAGAAUCCAGGACAGAUGAGUCGUGUCCUGAUCGUCCUCAGAGUUGAAGCAGAACCAGUUUGUGUGGACAGACUCUGACUGGACCGUAAUGAUGAAGAUGAUGAUGAAGGAGAUGUACAUAGUUUCUGUAUUACAGAGUUUUACAAACUUCUCAUAUAUUCAUUUAUUUCAUGUUAAGUCAAAAAGUCUUUAUUGUUAUUAUAUUAUUGUUAAAAAAAACUGUUCAUCAAAAUGUAGCCUUUAAUUUGAACUUGAGUUUCGUUCGACAUUGUUUCUCAAGCUCUUCGUCUAAAGUAGUACGGAGGAGGUUUCUACUACUAAUGUACUGACGGAUAAAUGUCUGCGCUGCCGCGGCGGAGCUGCUCAGCAAAUCAGCCGUCUCCUCCACCGAGUCACAUGACUCCCCCGGAGUUUUCUUUUUAAUUACAUGUUUCUGUUUCAUUCCAAGUUUUCCUUUUGUUGUUGUCGUGUUUUCAGCUCAUCAGGUUUUUAAAGUUUCUCUCCGCGUCACUGAUGAAGAGAGAGACUGAAGAGAUCUGUGGAAAUAACGUUUGUCAUUGAAAUACGAAACACAAAUGAACUUGACUUGGUCAACGAAUGUUCCUCAGUUUGUUCCAGUAAAUAUUGUAAAUGUUUUCUGGAUAUUACGAUGAUUGUUAACACUUCAAAGAAAGUCAAAAAUCUUCAGUAAAACUUGGAUCUUUUCUCUUGUUCAGUUUACUUUGGUUAAUAAGUGUUUGUCUGUGAUUAAUCUCAGUACCAGGAGCAGCACCGACCAUCCCAAGUAACUUUUUAUUCUCUUGUUCACCAUCAGCACAAAUCUGACUUUUAUUUCAUAAGAAAGAUCAUUUAUCACUCUCUUUCUUUUAUUUAUUGUAAUACUGACAUAUAUUACAAUCUCAUUUUAGCACAAAUUGCACAAAAUACUUGAAUAUGUGUCAGAUAUGAAGAAAGAUCCCAAAGGUUUAAGCCAACAUUGAUGAACUGAGUUGAGUUAAAACACAUCAGAAUCACCUUUAUUGGCCAAGUUUGAACUUUGCCCAACAAGGAAUUUGACUCCAGUUAUUUCACUCACUGUACCCAGAUUUAAAAAUAGCAAACAGUAAAUAAACAAAUGUGGCACUUAUUAACAUAUAUAUGUCAUGCUGAGUGUCAGGCUGUGUUUAAUCGUUUUAUUGUUUUGGAAUUUUAGUGUAACAUUUUAUUUGCAGCAUGUUUUGUCUAGUUAUUAUUGUUUGAAAUGUAACUUCUUCUGUUUUUGAGUUGGCAUGCAAUUACCUUUUUGUUUGAGUUGAUUAGACACAGCUGAACACAAUCAACUGAAUCCUGACAGACAGCUGCAGUGGCCAAUAAACCACUGCAGGCUGGCCCCCCUAGACCAAUGGUGAACGAGGGGAGGGUUUCCUUCCCCUUAUAUAUUCAAGGCAGACAUUCAAGCUGGGAGAUUGAACGGACGGACAGAGGCCCAUGAGGGACGAGAGUUGACGAACAAGAGUGGAUGGACUGACGUACAGAGGCCCAUGGGGGCCCAGGUGGUUGGGGAGCCCCCGGCGGACUCGGACCGGGGAUCCCUGUUGGCGUGGGCCAACAGGGAGGGGGCACUGGAGGACAGUGAGCCCAGAAAGACUGAGACUGUUCAUCUUUAACCUUUUUUAACCUUUUAUGGAUUGGCCAUUUUAGAAACAGUUCUAUUUUUAGUGACUCCCCCACCCCUGAUUUUAUAACCGUUUUGCACAAUAAAUGUUUGUUGCUGCACCCAGGUGCUUUUUGUUGUGGGUUACUAAGCGCUGCUCACCCUCGAAAGUAUUUAAUUGGGGACUUGAACCACCCCUGUGACAUAUACAAUUAAAAAACUGAAAGGUGCAGCAGUGUGAUGUAGAUAUGAUUAUUGGAAGGUGCAUUGUUACAGCAUAUGAUAGUGUUACUAUAAUUACUGUUAUUUUUAGGGCCCAAGCACUGACAGUGCGAAGGCCCUAUUGUAUCUGAAGGAUUUUUUUUCCCUCGUUUUUCUUCUGGCGAAAUGAGGGCCUUUUUCCCCCUAAACGUGCCCCAAAAGUCACCAAAUUUUGCACCAAGCCAGGCCUGGUGAAAAAUGUGAUAUUUCAUGGUUUGCAUUAAUGGGUGUGUCCUAAUGGCUCAACAGCGCCCCCUAGAAAACUUUGUGCCUCAAGCCCCACAAUACAGUUUGACGUACAUGCAAGAAAAUCGGUACACACCUGUAUCAUGUCACAACUUAAAGAAAAGUCUCUUGGCGCCAUGGCUGAAACCCAACAGGAAGUCGGUAAUUUAUGCCAUUCCUUUGGCCGUUAAUACGGCCCGAACCGUGACGUGCACCCAGGUGUGUUACACAUCAAGAUGCGCGUCUCAAUGCUGUGAUGAUGCGCAUUACUUUUCUCAGUCAAGAGCGUUACCGUGGCGAUGAUUAUCUUCAUGUGAUUGGUUGAUAUUUGAUAUUCCCUAUUUUCUGCCAUAACUUUUGAAUGGUUUGACUUAGAGAGUCAUGGUGGUGUCAUCGGACUCGGGUUUGAGUGCUUGACCUUCAUUGGUGAUAAUUACACAUGCGAGGGCCCGUUCAUCGCUGCUUGCAGCUUUAAUUUCAUUUGUUUCAGGACUGUACUUGUCUGACCUCUUUGAAAGGUUAAAACACACUCUGAUCAAACACUGGGGACGUCAUUACAUUCACCGAUUUAAUUGGGAGCGAAUGUUCUGGUUCGGUACCGGUAUUAGAAAUAAAAAGAUCAACACCAACCUGCUUGACUUUGUAUUAAGCCAUGCCAGAUUAGUGGUCAAACUCAGGAGAAACUCUGCUCAUUUUGAAGGGAGGAUGGUGGAUGUGUGGCUAAUAUUUUAAAUCUGUUUUGAAAAAGGAUUUAUUUCUGAUUCUGAAACAUGACCCGAAAUGAAAUGAAAAAAUGAGUUCAUUGAUAUGUUUGUUGAAGGGAAUACUUUAGUUGAAGUAACGGCAGGAAACAGGCUCAUGCUCCAUUUCUAAUUUUGCUUCGGGAUCUGUUAACAGUAUUAGAACCAACCUUUUUUUUCACUUUGGAAGUAUUUUAUAGUUUUUGCUUUGAACAUGACUGUGUGCAGAUGGAAAUUUAUUUGGAGAUUUGAAUGUUAUAUGGCUUGUUUUAUUUACAUUACUUUGAAAAGUAAGUGGUGGUGGUCGGAGGGGCCGUUUGGCGCGAUAUGGCAGCCACGCUUCCGUCAGUCUGCCCCAGGGCAGCUGUGGCUACAAAUUAUAGCUUACCACCACCAGUGAGGAUGUGUAUGAAUGAAUAAUGAUCUCUGUAAAGCGCUCUGGGUGCCUUGAAGGGCGCUAUAUAAAUCCAAGUCAUUAUUAUUAUUAUUAUUAAUGUCUUGAUUGUGACGGAGAUCAAAGAAUGGAAAGUUUUGUUUAAAAAGCGAUAAUGCA